GUAUUUAACCUACAAAUUUCUUAUUUUUAUACUUGAUGUGGGAUUUUCCCACUUAACAUUUCCAAUGUGAGAAUCCUUGUACAAAUGUUCUUGGAUGUGGAAAACUUGUGUGCCAGAGAGGAUGUCAUUCUGGAGAUUGUGGGCAGUGUCCACGCCAGGGGAAGAAGACGAAGGGGAAUGAGAUCUUGUGUUAAGAGAAUUGAAGGAAUGAAGGGGUUUUCUGACAAAUUGAGGAACGACGUCGUUUUGGAGGUUCCGACGGUUAGGUUUUUUUACGGUUUGCCGCAGGGGAGGGAGAGAUUUUGGAUUACUGCGGUGCCGUUGCUCACUGUUGCUGCUCACUGCCACUGCUAAUGGUAGGAGCUGGUUGCUGCUGCUCACUGCUCAAGCAAAGAAGGAUAAAAUCUAUUGCCAAAAAAAAGGAGUGAAUAAGGAUCUGAAAGCGAGCUUGAAUGGAGAAAAAUGGUAGAAAAGAGGGGAAAAAUGACGGAUGGCGAAACCAAAGAAGAUGAAAGGAUGGAAGAGGGUACUUUUUUCAAUGGGUAGUAUAUUGACACGUCACAAGGAUAGAUGUUUGUUUUUUGAGCAGUGCUAGGGGCACGCGCCUGCUGCACUCUCCGGCCAACACAUGCUUUUUUAUUGGGCUAGAUAAACUUAGCCAUGAAAUGAUGACCUCUCCGAAAACCAACAUAACGUGGCCCAAUGAAAAUGGAAGUGCUGG